AAAGGCACCGUGGUGGGGAAUAUCGCAAAAGAUUUGAACAUCAAUGUCCAAGAUCUAGAGAAUAGAGACCUCCAAAUUGUAUCGGGUUACAGUAAGAAAUAUUUUGAUGUGAAUUUGCGGACCGGGAACAUCUUUGUUGACGACAGAAUAGACAGAGAGGAGUUUUGUCCUAACACGGUAAAAUGCUCCAUGAAAUUACAGGCUGUAUUAAACAAUCCAAUGACUGCACAUCGUAUUGAAGUUAAUGUUGUAGAUAUAAAUGAUAACUCGCCUGUUUUCACUGAACACUCGCAUUUAUUUAAUAUCUCAGAAUCCGUGUCACCGGGAGAACGAUAUUUUCUGCCAAUAGCGGAAGACGCAGACAUAGGCAGCAACUCGGUAAAGAGCUACAAGCUGAGCCAGAAUGAAUAUUUCACUCUUGAUGUGCAGAGCGGUGGAGAACACGGUGUGUCUGCUGAGUUGGUGCUGCAGAAAGCUUUAGACAGAGAGAAACAGCCAGUAAUCAAACUCCUCCUGACCGCUGUGGAUGGAGGAAAACCUCCAAGAUCGGGUACAUUGCAGUUAACUGUGAAUGUUAUAGAUGUUAAUGACAAUACACCAGUGUUUAGUAAAUCUCUUUACAAGGCGCGUGUCAAUGAAAAUGCCACUCCUGGAACACUCGUUAUUAAGUUAAAUGCAACCGAUUUAGACGAGGGCAUGAACAGUAAGAUCCUGUAUUCAUUGAUCAAACGAGGAAAUAUUGAUCCGUCAAAUAUUUUUGAUCUAGAUUCAGAAACAGGAGAAAUCACUGUGAGGGGAACAUUAGAUUAUGAAGAGACGCCUGCUUAUGAGGUCAGAGUUCAAGCAAUGGAUCAAGGCACCUCCCCUCGUAGUGCAUAUGCAAAACUGCUGAUAGAAAUAAUUGAUGUGAAUGAUAAUGCCCCAGAAAUAUCUGUGACGUCACUCAUGACCCCAGUUAAAGAAGACGCAGAACUGGGGACAAUAGUUGCUUUGGUUACAGUCAGUGAUAAAGAUGGAGGGAACAAUGGUGUAACUAACUGUAAGGUAGUGGGGUCUGUUCCCUUUAAACUCAAGUCCAACUACAAAAAUGACUAUUCAUUAGUCGUAGAUGAACCACUGGACAGAGAAAACACUUCUCU